UGCGUGUCUUGCGCGUUCUUGCCUUGAAUUUCCUCCUCCUCUGCCGCAUGAGACGCGCCAACUCUUAACUUCGCGACCCAGACCGCGACCUUCCUCCAAUUCACAUCUUUCGUCUAUUUAAAGGCUUCAACCCAAUGUCAAAGGAGCGAACUUUGCAUCCCAGGCAACAUCCUCGAGGCAACCAGAGGCUAUCUGGAUUUCUUGACCGAUCACUCUUCGUCGGAGAAGACGCGAAGGGACAGCAGCUCAAAUCUCGAACUUCAGCAAGGAAAUCACCAUGGAAGGGAAAUACGAAUCCACCGUCAAAGGAGAAGUACCGGUGAAAAGUGGAGAGCUCAAUGCUGAAACAGAAACAAGGGAUGUUUUGGUUAGUGAGUUCAAGGAAGAGAAGAUUGAGGAGGUUGAAUCAUCUUACGAGUCCGUUGAGAGAUCCAAUCCACUGCACCAGAAGGAAGACAUGGCAAAGGAACAAAAAGCUGAGGUAGGGGGGGAAUUAAACUAUGCAGAGAAGGAGACGAGGGAUGAAGGCAAAGAGGAAAUAACAAAAGAUGGAGAGAAGGUUUUGAAUGAGGAGAAGAAAGAAUGCCGUGAUGAAGCAAGCGACAAGCUUGAGGAGCAUGAAGAGACCGAGAAAGAAGUGAAAAGCAACGAAAUAGUAGAUGGAAAGGAGAAGAGAAAGGAAGAGAAAAAGAAAAAGGGUAAGAAAGAGGAAAAAAAGACGAAGAAAUCCAUAGCUGAUGACAAAGAAGAAAAUGAGAAGAAAAAGAAGGACAAGAGUGAGAAGAAGAAGAAGGACAAGAAGUGCUCUGAAUCUGGUGAGGGAACAGAAGCUGAAGAUACAAAGGAAGAGGAAAAGAAGAAGAAAAAGGAUAAAAAGAAGAAAGAGAAGAAGCACAUGGACAAAACCGACGAGGAAAAAGGAGGGGGUGAUGAUUCGAAGGAGGAUGAGGAGGAGACAGAAGGAUGCCCCAAUGUCGUAUCAAGGGAAGUCACCGUAGAAGAGGGUCUCGGGAAGUCAGAGGGCGAAGCGGAGAAGAAGAAGAAGUGGAAACAUAGGGAAGGGAAGGAAAAGGAGGAGAAAGAUAAGAAGGAUGAGGGCGAAAAGAAGAAAGAAUGCGCAAGGGGCAAGUACAAAAACAUUAAGGAUAAGUACAAGGACAUUGGUAAGUUGAAGCAUAAGCUUGAGAAGGUCAAUGGCAAAAUCGAAGCUCUUCUGGAGAAGAAAGCAUUUAUCUUUGGGAAAAUGAAAGAGGCCGAGGCCAAGAACGGCGAGACUUGUGAGAAGCCUGCCCCUAAAGAAGUUGCUGCAGCUGAUGGAGCAUAGCACGUCCUGAUAAACGUUUCCUGCGUAGCUUCUGUCGACGUUGUUGUUCUCGUAGGGCUGUGUGUUUAUAUGCAUAAACCCCCCAGUUGGGAGUUAUUGAUGUUUCUUCUCUUUGAUGCCACAGCCAUUUCGCCUUAUCGAGCUUGUGAAUAACUUCAGGAACAAGAAUUGACGCAUGAUGUACUUGCUUCGUUAUACAUAUAUGUGGAGUGGAGGUCACUUUGGU